GUACGUCACGAAUGAGGUGGCAGCAAUGGAGGCUGGAGACGCAGAGUCAAGUAGAAAUUGUCUGUUAAAGGAGUUAAAGGACGAAUGUUAUGCGGAAUUCUUGGACGAAGAGUUCGAUGCGAAAACAUACACCGCGCACGUCAUUCAUCAUGCAGUCAUCGCCGAACAUCUCGCCAAACUCGCCCAAGGCAUUAGUCAGCUAGACAAAGAGCUUCACUGCCAGGUAGUGGCUAGGCAUGAGGAUCUACUGGCUCAGGCAACUGGAAUUGAGUCUCUUGAAGGUGUCCUUGAAAUGAUGCAGACAAGGAUCGCAGCACUGCAAAACACUGUGGACAGGAUAAGGACCAAAAUUGUUGAUCCCUAUAACAAGAUUGUGGUUCGGACUGCCCAGCUUGCACGACUACAGGUGGCCUGUGACCUGCUGAGGAGGAUAAUCCGUAUCCUGUAUCUGAGUAAGCGACUACAAGGUCAGCUUCAGGGGGGCAGCCGGGAACUGACCAAAGCUGCCCAGAGCCUCAACGAACUAGACUACUUGUCUCAGGGAGUGGAUCUGUCUGGGAUUGAUGUCAUUGAGAAUGACCUGCUGUUUAUCAGUCGAGUGCGUCUGGAGGUGGAGAACCAGGCUAAAAGAAUACUGGAGCAGGGCAUGGAGAUUCAGAACCCAUCUCAGGUGGGCACUGCGCUGCAGGUCUUCUAUAAUUUGGGCAGUCUGAGAGAGACUAUCAUCAGCGUGGUGGAAGGCUACAAGUCAUCUGUCCAGGAGAGCAUAACCAGUGCCCUUGACAUUAAAGUCCUCACUCAGCCUGCUAACACUAGAGGUGCUCCAGGUAGGGCUGUAAUACCUGUUCCAGGAAACACAGCUACCUUUCGUGCUGCUCUUUGGACCAACCUGGAGAAGCUGAUGGACCAUAUUUGUGCUGCUUGUAGUCAGGUGCAGCACCUUCAGAAGGUCCUGACCAAAAAGAGAGACCCUGUCACACACGUGUGUUUCAUUGAUGAGAUUGUCAAGGAUGGUCAUCCAGACAUCUUGUACAUUUUCUGGAACUCCAUCACUCAAAUGCUUUCUGUGGAACUCCAAAAAACCACAGAAGCCUCCACAUUCCUGAAACAGGCUCUGGAGGGAGAAUUCCCAAAGCUUCUGAGACUGUAUAAUGAAUUGUGGAAACGGCUGCAGCAGUACAGUGCCAACAUACAGGUGGCGCCAGUGGGCAGUGGCUCAGGGCUGGAAUUAGAUUUGACGACACCUGAGAAUGACAUUCAGGAUCUCUUCACAAGUACAAAACAGGAUUAUGAUCCAGAGAAAGCCCUAAAGAGCUCCCUGCAGCCGUAUGAAGCAGCCUACCUCUCCAAGUCACUCUCACGUCUGUUUGAUCCAAUCAACCUGGUCUUCCCUCAAGGGGGGUACAGUCCCCCUUCCAGUGAUGAGAUGGACAGUAUCAUCAAAACUAUUGCCAGUGAGCUGAAUGUAGCAUUAGUAGACCCUGGAUUGACUGUUGCUGUGGCCAAGAACGUCGCCAAGACAGUGCAGCUCUUCUGUGUGAAGUCUGAGCAGCUGCUCUGUACACAGGGUGAUGCCAGUCAGGUGAUUGGGCCUUUGACAGAGGGGCAGAGGAGGAAUGUAGCAGUGGUGAAUUCACUGUAUCAACUGCAGCAGGCUGUAUCUAAAGUGAUUUCUGGACUUGCGCUUCCUCUGGAUGCAGAGCGAGCACUCACAGCAUCUUUGGAGUCAGUGCAGGCUCUGAUGGGCAGUGCAGUCCAGCCGUUGUUGAUGUCCGUCACAGACUCCGUGGAAGCCAUUCUCAUUACUAUGCACCAGGAAGACUUCUCUGGUCCCCUCCCUGCAGGAGAUAAACCAGACAUGCCUUGCUCUCUGUAUAUGCGAGAGCUGCAGGGAUUUGUGGCCCGGGUUAUGAAUGACUACUUCCGCCCACUGCAGUGCCUGGACUUCCUUUAUGACAGCACAGAGGCCAUUGCCCAACGUGCCAUCACCCUGUUCAUUCGCCAUGCUUGCCUGCUGCGGCCACUUGGUGAGGGUGGAAAGAUGAGAUUGGCUGCUGACUUUGCCCAGAUGGAGCUGGCUGUUGCUCCUCUCUGCAGACGAGUAUCAGACCUGGGAAAAGCGUACCGCUUGCUGCGUUCGUUUAGGCCUCUUCUGUUUCAGACCAGUGAGCAUAUAGCCAGCAGUCAGACAGUGGGCGACCUGAUUCCAUACAGCACCAUACUACACUUCCUUUUCACUCGGGCCCCAGCUGAACUGAAAUCUCCUCACCAGAGAGUAGAGUGGUCUAUUGCGCGUUACUCUCAGUGGCUUGAUGAUCACCCCUCCGAGAAGGACCGCCUCACUCUGAUCAGGGGGGCUUUGGAGGCAUACGUGCAGUCUGUAAGAGCCAGACAAGGGAGGAAUUUUGCACCUGUCUAUCCUAUCAUGCUCCAGCUUCUGCAAAAGGCCACCAGUGGGACAUAGGAUUUUGAAGAAUAUCAAAUUAGCAAACAUAAUGAUGUCACUUGUUUUUUUUUUUUUCCUCUGAAAUUAUCUGAUGUUUUUCUAAACAGUGGUGCAAGGGGAAUUAUCUCUGUCCUUAAAGUUGUCCUCUUUAAAGUGUGUUCAUGUUUUUUAUUCCUCCUCCCUAAUAUAAAAUAGUAACAUUAGCUCUAGCAUACUGCUUUGACCAUAUUGACCAUAUUAUUUAGACAUAUGCCAUGCCUUUUCCUUGAGUCAGCAUUCUCUUCAGGUUUGAUGCAUCACGGCAGUCUGUUUGAAAUGUAUGAUGUUAAUAUGUAAAUGUUUAAUAAAAUACGUCUUCUGAGCACA